GUGAUCAUCCGGACAAAGGAAUGUGGUCGUAAACUUUGCUGAGGGUGUCACAUUCCUCAGUGUCUUUGGCCGAAAUGAGAAAGUAUCCGACCAAGCAUUCUUUGUCUGCUAGAGGCGGCCGGGCCAUGACGGGCUUUUUCGUCUGCAACCUUUACAAAGAGUUGGCCUCGACGGUGCAUACGCAGCUCGAACCUUGGUCGUCCAUGUCUUUUUCGCCUUUCCAGGAGGAGCCUGUCCAUGAGCCUUUGGAGCCAUGGUCAUUAAACACGCGGCCCCGUCGGCGCUCCCCUCUUCGUGGACAAUCCUGCAAACCGUCAACAUGAAGGACCACGGCAGGAAGUCGAGCUGGACCACACAGCUGUCGCCGUACUUGCGUGGCCUGAAGGUGAAGAACAUCAUACCGUCUCCAAUGACCCCUCAUUCACCAAAGUCGCCGCAGAAGCAGCCGGGCGAGGGAGACUCGGUUUUCCAGAUCAUUCACACGCCGGACAGACCCGAACGCCCAAUCUCAAGGACGGCGAUCCCGGACGACGAACAGUGCAUGAAGUUCCUCAUGUCGCUGCAGAGGCAGGAGGAGCACAAGCGAGGCGGCAUCAAGACGAGCCUCGCGAUGUGGCCGUAUCCCGACAAGGGGGAGGCAGAGGACCGCAGGUGUCUCCGGAGUGUGAGGGUUGAAAGCGUGCAGUUUGAAGAGGCACGGCUCGCCAGGACCAACUCGUCUGGCCCGGCCAGAGUAGUGGAAGUCGGCAGAAGCUCGACCAAGUCGACAGGGACGACGCGGCGGUCGUCACGCUCAACAACGCCCAGCGUCAGCGAUGCGGAGGAGGACGACGAACCUAUUGAGGAGCCCAGAAUGUCGACUCACACAGCGCCUCUCUCGCCACCACCUACCUUGUCUCGCAAUCAAUCACGCCUGGACAUCUGUACGCCAAGAGCCAACACCUCCCGCUGGUCUGACGACAGCGUCGAGUCUCUCUUCUCGUCAAGAGACCAAGAUUCCCCCUGCCCCCAGCGGGAAACUCUUCGCUCGUCGGCCGAGAUAUCAUCGCCUACUGUUUUCGGUGACGACUCGGUCGAGCCUUUUUCACCCACGCUUUUGAUGCCGGUCAAAGACCGGCCCGCAACGCCGUUCACAGAGCCCCGCCUCCGAGCCAUGCCUGGACCGACCACCCCUCCGCCAUCAGACCGCGUCGCCCAAUUUGUGAAUGUCAGUCCGGAGCCCGUACCGCGCAAGUACUCGUGGCGAUCGUCCAGGGAUACGGUUCUCAACACGGCGGCUCCGAUGUCGAGGUUCCAGUCUUGGUCACCGGAGGUGCCGCCGAAAGCAGAGGCCAGGAAACAGCAGCAGCAUGCCGAGCCGGAGGUCUACGGCGACUGGGCAGAUUACUAUUUUGAGGACGGAAAUUUCUGGCACGACUAUUCCGACGGCGAGUACGAAGGAGACGGAACGGGGCUAGAAGGGGACAGUGAUGUGGACGAUGAGAAAAACGACGAGGAACUUGAAGAAGAGGAGGCUGAAGUGGAAGAUGAGAACCAUACAGGCCGAUUGGGCGUCGACAACAGGGACAUAUACCCACGAUACGAGAGUUUCAUCGAGGACUACAAGGCCAAUGUCAUGAGUAUCACGGUAACGGAGGUGUAGGUCUGGCUUAUGCUGUGUUUCAUUGCUUUCCGUGUUCAGCGUGGUGCGUUCACGCGUGGGAUGAUAUCCCGUCGCCUUUCCGGGGCCUGUAUGGUUGGCUUUGUAACACUACUGUACUGUACUUUGAGGCUGCGAUUACCCAUUCAAUGUUUUCAUCGUCCUUUUUCUGACUUGGCAUUUUUUUCUCUUUUUUUCUUUCCGUCUUCGGUCCAACACAACUUUGAUUGUACAUCGCAACGUCACUCGCGUUAAGACGAAGCUGACCCAAGAUAGACGAAGUGGAGGCUGGACCCGAACUGAUUGCUUGAAGCCAGAAAAGAAAUACAAAUAUACUGAG